AUGGGUGACCUAUGUUCUUGUUGGGAUGCUAUUCAUGACGUCGUUAUUCUACAACACAACAAGAUUAAGGCAUCAUUUGAAUCAAGUAUGUUGCUGACAAGUGACCUUUAUAAAGGAUAUAGAUAUAGACAUGUUAUUGGGCGUGUCUCUCGAUAUUCGUUGAAUCUCAUUGCUAAGGAGGUUGAAAGAGUGCAACUGAUAGGAUUGGAUUCCUCUAAGUGUGGAUGUGUGUUGAGACGUAUAUUCGGUCUCCCUUGUGCAUGUGAAUUAGCACGCUAUGAUCUUGGGUUCAUCCCUUUGGGUGAAUUCCAUAUAAUGUGGAGAAGGUUGAGUUUCUCAAAUGUUGAAUUAAAUGAAACCGAGCCCCUGUUAUCCAUUAAAGAUGAGUUAAAAUUGGUAGAAGAACGAUUCAAUGAGGUUGACAUUGGAGGUAAAGUCAUCGUCAAACAAAAGUUAGUUGACAUUGUUUGUCUUGCAAUGACAUCAAUGGUCCCUCCACUACAUAAAGUGAAGACAAAGGGUGCACAAAAAAGUAAAGCUCAACGAAGAGAAAGGUCUACGACGCGGGAGCCAUCAUAUUUUGAGCACGUUGACGCGUUUCAUGCAACAUAUGAAUCAUCAUCUGCAAGAAAUCAUGCAGCUAUCAAAUAUUUGCUGACAAAGCCAGACUCUAAACCAUGUCUGAUUAGAUGGCUACUACUCUUGCAAGAAUUUGAUAUGGAGAUUCGUGAUAAGAAAGGGAGUGAGAACUUGAUUGCUAAUCAUUUGUCACGGCUAGUCAACAAGGAGGUCACUAGCAAGGAAUCAAAGAUCUGGGAAUCCUUUUCAGGUGAAACACUCAUAAAUGAUCUAUACAAAGAAAUGAGUGAAUGGCGUGAUGAAUACGCAAGGCUAGUAGGAGGUUAUGAUAGACUAGAAGAACUGAGGAUGUCCUUGUUGGUGGCGUCUCCUUCGAUGGCUAAUCGGAACAAGUGGAUGACUAUACCAGACAUUGAUUAUGCAAUUGCUAACCGAUAUAAUGUCAUAUUAAUGUGUUAA